UUUGAUUUUUCUAAAUGAAAAUUUGAAUAUUUGUUUUGUUGUAGUUUAAAAUUUUCUUAAAAAUAAGUUGUUGUUUGUUUUAAAGUGAUGUCAAGAAGUGACAAAAAAAAAUAAUAACCAAAUUUGAUUGCAAAUUGUCAGUAAAAUAUACAAAGCUAAAAAUCGCCAAAUAUAUUUAAAUAUGGGUGAGUGAUUUGAGUGAUACGUAAAUGGUUAACUAGAGCUUUUUGCAUCAGCCGUAGCAGUACCACCAGCCAGUUGUUGUGGGUACCGCAGCAGGAAUCAGUCAGUCGUGUGUAGAAUGUGGGGUCGCGCGCGGCUAAUCGUCCUGUUGGUGGUGACCGCGCUCUCGACCUACGCUGCCGAUGGCACCGUCGAAGAAGACAACCAGCUGAAGGUCGGCAGGUCAAUCGACAUCUUCACCAGAUUUGGUUAUUUAAGUCUCAGCAUGAAAGUAGUGCCAAGAAACGAUUCGGACUGGAUUUUCCGCGAACCAACUAUCGACAUCUUCAACGACAUCGGCCAAUACUCCAUCCAACCUGAGCGUUCUCCACGGAAACAACGAAGAGUCUUCGAUGGAGACUUCCACAUGGAAUUCUGUGACACUUUGAAGCAACUAGUUCAAGCUUACUUCAGAGAUUUCAAUUUCGAGUCGCUAGACCAACCUUGGAGAGCCUUCACUUCCAGCUGGAGCCCUGAAACUCUGGCCAGAAAUUUAGGGAUUAAUAGUUCGUUUGUGGCCAAAGACCAUUGUUACGUUUUAGUUAGACUAUCCAGGUUUCGUGAAAGUGCAAAGUUGGGAAGGACGCCCAGUGGUGAUAAUGUGGUGGAUCUGGUUCAAGACGAAAUAGCAAAUAUUGAAGUGGGAAAUGUUUCUAGUGUUUUGAUGUUUAUUAAGAAAUUUGGAUCUCAUUAUAUUCAGUCGUAUGUGACUGGGAAUUCGUUAUAUCAGGUAUUUGUCUUCAAUAAAACCCGUUACCACCAAAUAAAAGACAGACUGAAGUACCAAGGGAUAUCCCAUAUAAACGAAUCCGAACUGAACCAGUAUUUCAGCCCGUGGCACGCAGAACAUAUGGGACUGAUUAAAGUGGCCAGUGGUAACAAGACGGUGGAAAAUUGGGCUUCCUCGAAGUUACGACACAACUAUUUUAUUUUUACUUAUCCUACAUUGCUGAAGUCGAAAGGAGACUCGAGGUUACUCACUAGACUGAAUAAUCUACUAAAAAAUGAAGCUAUCCUAGGAAUGGAGAUGAAAUCGUUAAGUGCAGUAAUAGAAGACGCAGCCAAGAAAAAAUGGUUCGAGGAAGUUUUGGACAAUUACUUGAAACUGUGGGAAAGUAAUUUAUAGUCGAUGGUUUUUAGGAGAGUUUAUACCCAAAAACCACAACCAAAGAAGAUUUCUAAGCAAUACCGCUCGAAUUAUUGACAUUUUAAUUAAUAUCUAAUAGAAUAGGAAACGCUUAUCCAGAGUGUUCCUGUUUAAAAUGUGAUAAAAAUGUUGUGAUAUAUUUUAUGCUUAUAUGCUUCCUACAACAUAGGUUAAUGUUUUAUUGUCAGUUUAGUUUACUGCUUAAAACAAAUUUAAUAUUAAAUUGUACAUUAUAUUUAUACAUUAAUAUAGGUAAAAUAUUUAUAAUUUUUAGCUUGAAAAUAAUUGUGAGUUUUUUAGAACUACAGGGGUAUUAGGUAAUAAAAUAUUUAUGAAUAGCUUCAUUUUAGUUUUGUAUCAAUAUAAAAUGUGCCCAUGACUCAAUUGCCUUUUGGACUAGUAGGUACUACUUUCGAGUGGUGGUAGAAUAAAUUAUUAAUACAUAUUAGAGUUCUCAUGUGUGUAAGAAUAAACUAGAAAUUUAAAACAUGCACGUCAUCUACAUAAAACUUGGAAUGUAGUUCAUUAUUCUUGGAAAAGUUUCGUUCUUAGCAUAAGCAUUGAAAUUCUACAUCCUAAACUUGGUAAAUACUCGCAAAUGUGUCCCAGUAUAUGUGAGAAUUUUUGUCAAAUUGCGAACAUUGGGAAUGUAUAGCACGAGUUUUAUAUCUCCAUCUAGUUAUCUAGACAAGAAGUUGUUAUUCAAAAUACAUUUUCAAAAAGUUAGUUGAUAUAAUUUUAAAAAAAAAUAUUGCAAGAGUUACAUAGAAGGAUCCUAAAAAUAAUAAAUUAGAGUACAAAAAAUUAAAGCAGUGACAAAUCAAUAUUAAUAAAAAAAGCGCUUAAUAUAAAAGAAAGCUUCAGUCAAAUUUUCGGGAUAUAGACAUCUGCACUCCAGCUUGAAGAUUUACACCUAAUUUCUUAGAAUUCACUACCAUUAUCACAGGAGUUUCAACUCUUAUAAGUCGAAAUUUAA